CAGCUGCUCGACGAGGAAGCGAUUUGGCGCAAGCUGUUGUUCACUUCAGUCUGCUGCAGAAGACAGAAGGACACUGAGGGAAAGACAUCACUUUUGGACACUGCAGUGUGACUUGCAACGGAUUAUUCAGCUUUUAAACACAGGUCAAAACAUCAAAAUGCCCAGCACGCGCUCUCAGGGCCGCCCUCAGCCCACGCUGGAGUUCCCUCGUCGCAAAUCCUGCAGAGCUGCGGCAAAGUCAAAGACACCGCUGCCCCAGAAGUCCCCAAUCUCUUCACCAACCAAGCCAGAGCCUCAGAGCGUUUCCUCAGCGCUGACACAGAUCGGACCGCUCUCCCCAAGACAUGCCCGCGACCAGUCCGUCACCCUGUUGCCCAGGCGACCACCGCCCUACUCCCCUGGCGUUGAACCACGUCUUCCCCUCAGCCCCCGGAAACGCACAGGCGAUGAUAACAGCUGUAACCUCGGCACCGCCCUGCUGGGUUCACCGCCAAAGCAGAGCAAGCAGAUCCUGGCUUCACCGCGUAAGCUGGGCUUUGACGAGAACUCGCCGGUUUUAGCCCGCUGCCAGCUGGUGCCGUCCUCGCCACGACAGCCUCUCUCUCCCACCACAGCACUGUCCCCAAAACGACAGGAAACGCCUGCUGGAAGUCCCGCUCACCUAAACAAGAGGCCGCCGGUCGUCCGGCUGUUUGCAGAAAAGUCGAGCUUUCACAGUGUGAAGCAAGCUCUCCACACCGCCGUCCCAGAGCGGCUGCUGUCCAGGGAGGCAGAGAGGACGUCCAUCCGCUCUUUUCUGGAGGAGAAGGUGCUGCAGCGUCUCCCCGGUAGCCUCUACAUCUCUGGAGCCCCUGGAACCGGAAAGACGGCCUGUCUCAACUGUGUCCUGCAGGACAUGAAGGCUGAGCUGUCGUCAGUGCAGAUGGUGGUUGUGAACUGUAUGAGUCUGAGGAGCUCCCACUCCAUAUUCCCACUACUGGCCAACAAGCUGAAAGCAUCUGGCGGGCAGAGCAGCCUGCAGAAGCUCCUCACGGCCCCGGGGCCCUCAGUGCUUCUUGUCCUUGACGAGAUGGAUCAGCUGGAUAGUAAAGCUCAGGACGUCCUCUACACCAUCUUUGAAUGGCCAUACCUGCCCAAGUCUCGCCUCUGUCUCAUUGGUAUUGCCAAUGCUCUGGAUUUGACAGAUCGUAUCCUGCCCAGGCUCCAGGCUCGACCUCACUGUCGCCCUCAACUGUUGCACUUCCCUCCCUACAGCCGCCAGGAGCUCGUUGCCAUCGUCCAGGACAGACUCGCGCAGGCGUCUGCUGAUGGAAUCCUUGACGCCUCUGCGGUUCAGUUCUGUGCCAGAAAAGUGUCUGCAGUGUCUGGAGAUGCCAGGAAGGCUUUGGACAUCUGCAGGAGAGCGGUUGAGGUCGUUGAGUCUGACGAGAGAAAGAAAUCUGGAUCAGAGGCAGAAACCAAAGUGUCUCGAGUCAGCCUCCCUCAGGUUGCACGGGUGCUGUCAGAGGUGUACGGCGACCGGAUGGCGUCUCAGAGCAGCGGCUCAGAGGGAGAGAGCUUCCCCCUGCAGCAGAAACUGCUCGUCUGCUGCCUCCUGCUGCUCAUUCGCAACGGAAAAAGCAAAGAGGUCGUCCUCGGGAAGCUCCAUGAGCUUUACAGCAGACUGUGUGCUCAGCGGCAGGUGUCGGCGGUCGGUCAGGGCGAGUGUUUGUCGCUCUGCGCUCUGCUGGAGAGUCGAGGAAUUUUCGCUCUGAAGAAAGCCAAAGAGGCUCGUCUCACCAAGGUGUUUCUGAAGAUCGAGGAGAAAGAUGUUGAAAAUGCCCUGAAGGAUCGGACGCUGCUUGGCAGUAUCCUGGCUGCAGGACUCCCUUCACGAUAACUCUUAGAUUUGUAUUUAUUUUUUUAAAAAAUAACUCUGAAUCAAGGUUUUUCAGUUUUAUGAACUUUUUAAAUUCUCAUUUUUGCUGAGAAUUAGUACUUUUUUUAAUAUGGAUAUAAAUAUUUUUGCUUUACCUGGUGUUCACACAAAGCUGUGACACCAGCAUUGAAAUGUGAUGGCAUUUGUUUCAGCUGACAUUUGAAACAUUUUUUCUGUGCUGUAAAUAAACAAAUGUACACACAUUUAAA